GAUGCGCUGGGGAUCAGCUGAUGGGGAAUCACUUCCUCACUGAAUUGGCGAUGUUUUGACGGAGUAUUUCUCCAUAAUACAGCGCUGGAUCAUCCUUCAUGUAAAUUCAGUCACAUUUAAAGUUUCUCUUCAUGAAUACCUCAGACAGUGAAGAGGACUCCUACAACGAGAGGUCCGCUCUGGUCCAGUCCGAAAGCCCAACCGUGCCCUCAUACAACCAAGAUCAUGCCAUGUCUCUCCCCCAGGACACAGACAGCAAACGGAGUGGUGCGGUUCGCUCGAGGUCCGCCUCGGGCUCUGGAGAUGCCGGGCCGGUGGAUAGAGAGCGCACAGACACCCCUGAUGGAGAAGAAGAGGAGCUCACACUCAAAUACGGCGCGAAACACGUCAUCAUGCUCUUCAUCCCCGUCACGCUCUGCAUGGUGGUCGUAGUGGCCACGAUCAAGUCCGUCAGUUUCUACACCGAGAAGAGCGGACAGCGGCUCAUUUACACCCCUUUUGAAGAAGACCCGAACUCAGUGGGCCAGCGUCUGCUGAAUUCUGUGCUCAACACUCUGGUCAUGAUCAGUGUGAUCGUCUUCAUGACCAUCAUCCUGGUGCUGCUCUAUAAGUACCGCUGCUAUAAGUUCAUUCACGGCUGGCUGAUUCUGUCCUCACUGAUGCUGCUCUUCUGGUUCAGCUUCAUGUAUCUGGGAGAGGUCUUCAAGACGUAUAAUGUGGCGAUGGACUACCCGACGCUGGUGAUGAUCAUCUGGAACUUCGGUGUGGUGGGCAUGAUCUGCAUCCACUGGAAGGGUCCGCUGCGGCUCCAGCAAGCGUAUCUCAUCGUCAUCAGUGCCCUCAUGGCCCUCAUCUUUAUUAAAUACCUGCCAGAGUGGUCCGCCUGGGUCAUCCUGGGAGCCAUCUCUAUAUACGAUCUGAUCGCGGUGUUGUGUCCAAAAGGCCCGUUGAGGAUGCUGGUGGAAACGGCUCAAGAAAGAAAUGAGCCCAUUUUCCCUGCGCUCAUAUAUUCAUCUGCCAUGGUCUGGAUGGUUGGAAUGGCUGACUCUAAUAAUACAGAUUCAGCUGGUGGAAGGCGGCGCAGUGGGGGCGGAGUUCGGACACAAGAAGGGGUGGAGUCAGAGGAUGAUGCGCCUCAGGCAGGGAGGAGGCAGUAUUCAGCAGAAGAGGACCUGGAGGAAGACCGAGGAGUGAAGCUGGGGCUGGGAGACUUCAUCUUCUACAGUGUGCUGGUGGGAAAAGCAGCGGCGACUGGAGGAGACUGGAACACCACACUGGCCUGCUUUGUGGCCAUUCUCAUCGGUCUGUGUCUGACGCUCCUUCUGCUGGCCAUCUUCAAGAAGGCUCUUCCGGCUCUGCCCAUCUCCAUCACCUUCGGCCUGGUCUUCUACUUCUCCACAGAUAAUCUGGUGCGGCCCUUCAUGGACAGCUUGGCAGCGCAUCAGUACUACAUCUGACAGACUUUUAAGAGCCCUCAUCAGGUCACACACUCAGAGCGUUUUCUGAGACGCUCUCGGUGAGUCCAGCACACCUGUAAAUAUAUCAAACCAUCUUCUACGUUUUGGUUUCGCUCACAUCAGCACUGUGGAGUUGCUAUUUUUUUUUAACAUGGUAAACAUUAAAGUAAGGUGGUUUUUCUUAAACAACGACGACUUCCAAAGAGAAAGAGGAAAAUGCUGCUAGAUUCAGUAAAUGUGGCCUACGUGUUUGGUAGGUUCAAGCAUAAUAAACGAAUGACACAAA